AUGCCUUCAGAUACACCACUUAUACCGUCAAAUGCCUCUGUAGCCGAUGAGCUAGAGGCUUUGAACUCCAUCUACGGCCCAGACACGCUCGAUUUCCAGGGCGAAACACCCAGCGGCGCAUCAGCAGCGCUGCGACUGCCCGACCUACCUUUUUCAUUUUUGUUCACCUUCCCUUCAGAAUAUCCUGAUGUGCCUCCCCUCAUCACCGGAACGCAGUCGACCGGCGAUAGUGGCAAAGGUGAAGGAGAGGCCGCGGUGAGCAUUCUGCGGGAUCUGCUGGGGACGUUGUGGACUCCGGGACAAGUGUGCCUGUUCGAUUUGGUAGAGGAGGCCACACCGAUUCUUCAAGAGCAUCACGCUCAACAUCGCCAUGGCGCGGCUGAAGAUCACAGCGCACAUGCUACGCACAGGUCGGCGACUUCCACACAGCAUGAGCAACAAGACCCGGACCUGACAAUGGUUGCAGCAUCGUCCAUGCCAUCCCCACCGUGGGUCUUGUCUGAGCCAAUGACCGUGAGUAAAUCCGCGUUCAUUGCGAGGGCCUGCCAUGUCGCUUCUCUGGAUGAAGCCCAAGACUCAAUUUCACACCUGCUCUCGACGAAUAAGAAGGUUGCGACGGCGACGCAUAAUAUUCAAGCUUGGAGAAUACAGUCGACUAACAAAGAGACGGGCACUGUCACCACUAUACAGGAUAGUGAUGACGAUGGGGAAACAGCCGCUGGUGGAAGGCUCCUUCAUCUGAUGCAGUUGAUGGAUGUAUGGAAUGUAGUCGUGGUCGUUACCCGGUGGUAUGGUGGUGUCAAGUUGGGACCGGAUCGAUUUCGACUAAUCAACAUGGUGGCAAGAGAUGCAUUGAGCAAAGGCGGAUUUGCCAAAGAGGAAAUUAGCAAGACAAAGGGCAAGGGGAAAGGUAAGAAGUGA